UCAUUUAUAUCGAUGGCGGGGUGAAAGGCAAAGCAAUACUAUUGAGUUUGAGAGUUGCAAUCUUCCACGCAAACAUCCACAGGACGCGACUGGGCUAAUUUUAACACGACGUUGUCUCGUAGGCAUUACACAUAAAGAUACAAACCCUCCCUCGAAAACCUUGGGCGGUUUUGAGCAGCGGUUUUCACGAAUCCCAGAAAACCAACGACAGCUCUUUUUGUUCACCAAAACCAGCAGCCAAAAAAAGAUGGCGCGCGGAGACUCAAAACCGGCGGCACACCCACAACUUGGACGGAGAUAAUAGAAUGAGUGCGGAAGAAGAGUUCAUAAAAUAUCAUCAGACGCCCACGGGGAUGAAGCACUCAGCUUGUCACAGUUGAGAAUCAUCUUCUUCUUCCUUAUUGGGUUGGUAUGCCAUGAUAGAUAUGGUGCUUCUUAUUCUUGAUAGCUGAUAGUAUCUCUCAGCCGAAAUAGAAACCCUUUCAAGUUCAAGGCUUCAAGCUGCCAGCCAGCCAGCAUCUUUCAAUUAUUCCAACUUCUUUUUUGUCUGUCUCAUCAUCAUUUGAUUUUAGAUUGCCUUUGAACCAAGCGCGAGGGCAAGGGCAAGGGCAAGUUAGUUCUUGAUCGGCAUGCAUGGAAGGAGGCGGUGGCAUUCCCAGUGCCAGUGGUGGCAGCAACAUUGCUCCUUGUGCAAUGCUUGGAUUAGAGAUGCCCCUUCACCACCAUAAUCAGCAGCAACAGCAGCUCUUAUCCUUCUCUAAUCAUUCACGUGAAGCUGAGAACCGGCAUCCUCCACAAGCAAUCAGAGCCGGUGGCUAUAGCACCAACUUCAAUGUCAGCGGUAGAGGGAAGCAACAGCAGCAGCCGUCAUUGAGCUCCGAAGAAGAGGCUCUUCCGGCGGCUCCCGAGGGCGCUGGUGGGGAUGGUACAAAGCGUGUUGGAGUUGUGCAGACACAGACGGCAUCUCCAUGGCAGAGGAUGAAAUGGACGGACAGCAUGAUACGGCUCCUCAUCAUGGUGGUUUACUGCGUCGGAGAUGAUAUAGGAGCGGACGGCGGCGGGGACACGCAACACGCAGCGGUGGGAAAGGGCAAGAAGGCGGCUUCAUCUGCGGGACAGCUGCAGCAGAAGAAGGGCAAGUGGAAAUCGGUGUCGAGGGCGAUGAUGGAGAGGGGAUACUGCGUGUCACCGCAGCAGUGCGAGGAUAAGUUCAAUGAUCUGAACAAACGCUACAAGCGGGUCAACGAUCUGCUGGGCAAGGGAACAGCAUGUCGUGUCGUGGAGAAUCAGUCGCUCCUCGACUCCAUGGACAAUCUAUCCCCCAAGGCCAAGGAGGAGGCCCGCAAGCUCCUCAACUCCAAGCACCUCUUCUUCCGCGAGAUGUGCGCCUAUCAUACCAGCUGCACCGCGGCUGCUUCUGCUUCUGCUUCUGCUUCUGUUGCUCCUCUGCCCUCUUCUGCCACCGCUGCUCCGGAUCAUUUUCACGACCAACAGGCUCCUCAUGUUCUUGCUGCUCCUGCUGCUGCUGCUGCUGCUGCUGGAGAUACGGGCCAGCAGAUGAUGGAGAUGGAAAGAGAGAGACCCGAUGACGAGGACGAUGCGGACAACGAGGUGGAGGGAGAGGAUGACUACAAUGAUGAGUACUUGGAUGAUGAGGACGAUGAGGACGAGGGUCAUCACCGCGCCCGCCACCAUCAUUCGCACCAGCAUUAUAAACAUGAGGAAAGGGAAAGAGGAAGAGUAAGGGACAGGGAUAGGGACGCGGACGAGGACACCAAGGAUGCUACCACAAUGGUAGCGGGGACAAAGAGGCCCAGAAGGUUGUCCCUGGGGCUGCCCUCAGCUUCCUCCGCCUCCUCUCCCCUGUCAUUGUCGCUUUCGUCACCUUCGUCGGCAUCCACAUCUAUGCAGCAGCUGAGGAGCGAAUUGAUGGGGCUGGCAAACGGAGGGCUCAGCGAGCCGCACCAGAAGCACUGGCUCAAGAACAGGGCACUGGAGCUGGAGGAGCAGCAGGUGCACCUCCAGAGCCGGGCCUUCGAGCUAGAGCGCCAGCGCUUCAAAUGGCUCCGCUUCAGCAGCAACAAGGAGCGAGAGCUUGAGAAAGCAAAGAUAGAGAACGAACGCCUCCGACUUGAGAAUGAGCGGAUGCUGCUCCUGCUACGCCAGAAGGAGCUCCAACUGAUCAAUGCCUCUGGCACGGUCACGUUUCUUGCCAGUAAUAGUGAUGCUCAGCAUCAGCAGCAACAGCAACUACUUUCCGGCAACUACAAGCGCUCCGCGGAUCACCACCCGUAUCCCCUCUAGGCUCUAGCUACUGCUACUGCUACUGCUACUGGCGUAACACCUCAUCUCGAUUACCAUUUUGCUUGCGCUUGCUUUGUUAGAUACAAUGGAAAAGAUAGCUCUGUGCUGUGUAUGUCCGCAGCUAUGGAGGAUGAGUGGGGUAUAUUCCUUCUUCCGAAGAGUAAAUUAACUCCUAAUAACCUCCGACUUCUGAUCUCUCAAAUCAAGUGUUCCAUAUCUGCCGCGCUUACUGACGUAUAGAACAGUAAAAUGCAACAGAAUUUGUAUUCAGAUGAGGCAACCUCUAAAGCUUUCAACCUGAAUAGCACAUUUGCAGAUUCUAGUGUUCCAACUUAGUAAAGAACACAGUUUUAGGGUGUAAUAAAUUAUGGUUACUUGCUGAAACUUCUUGAGAAGUUGGAUGCAAUUAUAUUUUCUUGAUAUUAAUUGGAAUACUUUGCAUAUUGUUGAUGCAAGUGCUAAUCCAAGUAUGAAAAUUUUGUUAUACCAGCAGGACCACA